AUGAGUAAUGUUAAAUUAGAUAAAAACCAAAUCAGUAAAAUUAAAGGUACUACUUUCCAUCAAAUUAAUGGCUUGAAUACGCUAGACCUCAGUAAUAACCGAAUUGAAGAUAUUAUAAAUCUGUUUAGCCAUUUGGAUGAUUUGGUCGAUCUUAACUUGGACAACAACGUAAUUAAAGUACUUAACCCAAACAACUUUUCAGUUUUCAAUGGUCUUCCAUUUACAUCUAUCUCCCUUACUGGUAACUUGAUCUCCAAAAUCGAAGAAGGCAGUUUUGAUGAUACAGAAGAGCUUCGUUACUUGAAACUUGGAAGCAACAAAAUUGGCGAUUUAACUCUUACUUCUUUGGGAGCACUAGAAAACGAAGAUUCAGAACUAAGACGAUAA